CAGUUUUUCAAUUGGAUUGAGAGGCUUAUCGACGAGCUGCCUUUGUUCACGUCGUCGCACCUCGCUACUAGUACUCUUGAAUAUUGGAGCUCUGGGAAGCUCGACAUUAAAUUCGAAAUUGCCCCGAUUACUUGACCAGAGCGUAAUUCCUGAUUCACUGUACCUUAUGUGGGGACCGGGGGCUCCAUUACGAUUUCAAGAUGAAAAGCUUACGGAGGGAUCACUCUUCGAACCCGCUAUCCUCUAAUGUUUCAAGUAAAAUCUUUGUAAGAUCGACAAAGAGCGGCAAGGUCCAGAAGAUUGUUAGAGAGUUGUACCUGAGGCAGGACAUCCCAUGCUCUUCGAAGAUAUGUUCUGUGUGUCUGUCAUAUGCGCCAACCGAUGCCAACGGAAAUGUAACUCCAUUUGUGCUAUCUGAGCGGCCGGCUGGUACAAAGUCAUUCCCCCAAGGCCAUUAUUUACUUCCGGAUACGAAUGCGCUCCUCAAUGGCAUGGAUCUUUUCGAACAGACUGGCUCAUUCUACGAUGUUAUUAUCUUGCAGACAGUGCUUGAGGAGCUAAAGAACCAGUCCCUCGCUUUAUAUAACCGGCUGAUAUCCCUAAUUCGGAGCGAAGAAAAGCGAUAUUAUCUUUUUUUUAAUGAAUUUCGGUUGGAGACCCAUGUCAGGAGAGGAGUGGAGGAAAGCAUAAAUGAUCGAAAUGAUCGAGCGGUUCGAACCGCCGCAAAGUGGUACCAGGAACACUUAACUCAGGUAGUGAAGAGAGGCCGCAAGGGACAGACCGCUCCAGCCAUAGUCAUGAUUACCGAUGAUAAAGAUAAUCUCCGCAAAGCAGAACGAGAGGGUGUUACGGCUGUGUCGUUGUCCGAUUAUGUGUCUGGACUUGAGGAUUCGGAUAGGUUGCUUGACAUGAUCAACGAAGCUAAGGCCGUUCAUGAUUCGAGGCCGACGAGGGGUGAAACGUUCUACCCCGAGUAUUACUCUAUGUCAAAAGUGAUGACUGGUCUUCGUGCGGGAACCCUUCAUCAGGGCAUUUUCAACGUUUCCCCUUACAAUUAUCUCGAGGGGUCGGUGCAGGUAGCAGCAUUUGACAAGUCCCUUCUAAUACUUGGUCGGGACAACAGCAAUCGGGCGAUUGCAGGAGAUAUAGUGGUAGUCGAAGUCCUUCCGAAAGAUCAAUGGAAAGCUCCGUCGACAAAAAUCAUUGAUGAGGAGACAGUCACUAAAGAUGAAAAUGCUGAAUAUGACGAGAAAGAAGUUGUGGUUUCGGAAAAGGAGAGAAGAGCAUUACAGGAAGAAGUUAGAAGAGCUCACGGAAAGACCUCGGAGGGAAGACCCCAGCCAACAGCUCGUGUGGUAGGAAUAGUCAAGAGGAAUUGGCGCCAGUAUGUUGGAAACAUCGAUAAGAUAUCCACAGCGUCCCAGGUCCAAUCUAGCAGACGACAACAAACCGUUUUUGUCAUACCCAUGGAUAAACGGAUACCUAAAAUUCGGAUACGCACGAGACAAGCACAAGAUCUUUUUGGUCAAAGGAUACUCGUUACAGUUGAUGCGUGGAAUCGCGAUUCCAGAUACCCAACGGGUCAUUUUGUACGAUCUUUAGGAGAGUUGGAAACUAAGGGUGCCGAGACAGAAGCUCUUCUUCUCGAGUAUGAUGUUCAAUAUAGACCGUUCCCACAAGUGGUCCUUGACUGCCUUCCCCCGGAGGGCCAUAACUGGAAGGUUCCGCAAAAUAUGGAUGAUCCUGGUUGGCGCGAUCGUAAAGACCUACGAGAUUUACUGGUGUGCAGUAUCGACCCCCCAGGCUGUCAGGAUAUAGAUGAUGCACUCCAUGCUCGGCCACUCCCCAACGGGAAUUUUGAGGUCGGUGUCCAUAUCGCCGAUGUCUCUCAUUUUGUCAAGCCAAAUACCCCUAUGGAUACCGAAGCGAGCAUGCGAGGCACGACAGUAUAUCUCGUAGACAAACGCAUCGAUAUGUUACCUAUGCUUUUGGGAACCGAUCUCUGCUCACUAAAGCCCCAUGUCCAACGAUAUGCCUUCUCCACUAUCUGGGAAAUGACUCCUUCUGCUGAGGUUGUGUCCUCAAUUUGUACAAAAUCUGUUAUUUUAUCCAGAGAAGCUUUCAGCUACGAACAAGCCCAAUUACGUAUUGAUGAUAAAUCAAAAACAGAUGAAUUAACGGAGAGUAUGAGGUUACUUCUAAAACUUUCCAAAUUACUCAAACAAAAGCGGAUGGACGCGGGAGCGCUUAACUUAGCAUCCCCAGAAGUCCGCAUAGAAACCGAUUCGGAAUUAUCAGACCCCGUGGCAGAUGUGAAAACCAAAGCCCUUUUGGACACAAACAGCCUUGUUGAGGAAUUCAUGCUUCACGCUAAUACAACGGUCGCUUCCAAAAUCUUCAAGUCCUUCCCGCAAACAGCACUUCUUCGGCGCCACGCCACUCCACCACCCUCAAAUUUUGAAGAAUUGAUCGCUCAACUCUCGAAAAAGCGCAACAUGACCCUCGACGUAUCCAGCUCCCUUGCUCUGGCAAGGUCCCUUGAUCGUUGUGUUGACCCAGCCAAUCCAUUCUUCAACACCCUGGUUCGUAUCCUUGCCACCAGAUGUAUGACGUCUGCAGAAUACUUCUGCGCAGGGGCUCACGCGGAGUCCGAAUUCCGCCACUACGGCCUUGCCUCGUCAAUUUACACCCAUUUCACCUCCCCCAUUCGGCGGUACGCAGAUUUGGUCGUCCACCGCCAAUUAGCUGCUGCAAUCGGCUACGAAGGACUCGGCGCCUCUCCAGCCGAAGGACUGGCUGCCCGGAGCCGCCUAGAGGAUAUUUGCAAGAAUAUCAACCAUCGCCAUCGUAAUGCACAGCUUGCUGGCCGCGCAAGUAUAGAAUACUAUGUUGGACAAGCGCUCAAAGCGCGCGGCGAACAAGAGGCGUCUAAGCUUGGGGCAGGUGUGGGGACGAAUGCGGGGAUAGAUGAAGAAGGGUAUGUCAUGCGCGUGUUUGACAACGGAGUUGUUGUUUUCGUACCGCGAUUUGGCAUCGAGGGCGUUGUGAGGCUAGAGGAUUUCAUCAUCUCUGGAACUCAGCCGGGUGAGGGGAAACAGGUUGCUCCUAGGCGGGAAAGUGAGUUCGAUGCGGAGGAGUAUUCGUUGAAGGUUUGGGAACGAGACGGUGAGAGUGGAGCUGGUUGGAAUCCGAAGAAUGGCGUGGUGGUCGACUUGUUUGACAAAGUUAAAGUUAAUGUGAGCUCCGUGAAAGAGGAAGGGGGCCGUGGGGCUGGAAAGAGGAGGGUUCGAAUAUUAAUUCUGGGCAAAGCUUAG